CGGGGGCUGCGGGGCGGGCGGGUCCCGGGGCUGCGGGGCGGCCCCGCACAAGUUGCCCGCAGCCCCGCCGUGCCCGGUCUAGCGGUCGCCUCUCCCGGUAGGUGACCCCGCGGGGCUGUCGCUGCCCCGCCGCAGCGGCCCCGCCGCUCCCCGCGGCCCCCCCGGCCCCGCCGGGCUCUGCCGCCGCGCCGGCUCCGGGCGCUGUCGCUGCCAAGCCCCAGCGGCACCGCGGGCUCCCCGCCGGGACGGGCACUGGCCCGGAGCGGCGGUGAUGGCCCGGGUCCGCUCCCGCAGCAGAGCUGGAUCCAUAGCGAAAUCUCUCGGAGCCGGGAGCAGAAAGCACGGACUUGCCUUCAGCCUCCGCAGCCCCCUGACAAGCGCCACCGGGGCUCUUCCUCAGGCGGUCGUGCUCAGAGAAUUGCAAGAAACAAUAAUUUAUAAUCACCAUCUGUAUUGAUUUUAUCUGUAAAUAGAUACUGACAGAUAAUGAAUAGCGAACAGCACUCCGAGUGUAAUUCUGCCUCUGCUGAGAUCAGGGAAGGUUUCCCACUGACUUUUCCAAGGCCGGGAUUUCACCUCUGGUUUCUAUUCCUGGCAUCGCCACUGCCUCUGUGACCUUCUGCAAGUUUCUGAGCUUCCUGCUUGCCUGAUUUCCCUACAUUUAAAGAUACACUAGCUUAGUGGCACUGCUGCAGUUUAUAUUGAGCUGUAAAUAUCAAGCACUAUGGAUUUCUAGUGUGUAUCAGUGUUUAUUCCUGCGUGUGCUUCAAUGGGAUGGAGAAAGGGUUGCUGGCAGCCACAGCAGGACAAAUUAUCGACCUGUUCCUGCAAACCUCAUGCCCCUGACUCCCAGCUAAUCUGCCAUUUAUGGGGAAUAAUCACAGGUAAGGGCCAGACCAUGGGGUGACCAUGGUGUGUACAGAGGUACACAGACACGCAAUACUGCAUCUCCCUUUCAGAUGCAUCAUUGGGAUGGAGGGUUUUUCUUGGUCAAAGCUUUGGGAUUCUGAUUUACACUGAACAGCAGACUUAAGCAGAGUUUUGACCUGGAAGCAAACUCUCAAUCAACCUGUCUGUGCAAAGGAAAUCAGCUCUUGGUAGACUUGCAACUGAAUUGGUCAUUGUAGCUGCUCCAAGAGGCUGCUUCAGUCAUUUUGGUUUGUGAAAUAAGAAUUUGAUAAAUUGGGAUGGAAUUGUAAAUCUCACUGGGGUUUUCCAACAGCACUUUGAAAGAAGCAGCUGAGAUCAGGAUUCCCAAUAUUCUUGUGCCAGAGGUCAUGGUUGCAUAGUGAAAGGACAAGAAGUGUGGAUAAACACGUGGUUUAGAGGCAGGUGCACAGGAAGGCUCUGCAGUCGAGACCAUGCCCAUGGUCACUCCACGUGGGAAACUGGAGGGGGCUGAGCCCAGUGCCACCUCAUCAGUUCUGUGCUCAAAAUCUUGGGGGAUCAGCAAGGGAACCUUGUUCCUGGCUCUCGAUGGUGGAGCAAAGCCCUGUGGAUGUCCAGUCCCCAAAACUGGAGAGAACUGUUUAGCCAGAGCUCUGCAGGGAGCAGGGGCCAGCCCCGGCUGUAGGUGUCACCUUUGAAUAGGGGCAAACCACACUGCUCAGCUGACUGCUGCCUCCUCUGCUGCUGUGUGUGCACAUGUUCAACUCUCAGAAGCACAAGGGCACAGAGCAUCCUUCAAGCUAAAGAGGACUGCUAUCGCUUACUCUUGGCUUUUGUUAUGAAUGGCAUUGUUUUCUAAGGUUGUAACCUCAUACGUAACUCGUCAAAAUCACAGAGUUCACAGUCACCGUGAGAGCUUCCACCACCAGCUGCCUUGGCAUCUUAGAACUGUCUGGAAAGGAGAAGUAACAGCUACAGCAGCAAGGGAGGGAUCAGAGUAGGGGCACCAACCGUGUCCCUGUUGCUGCAGUGCAACCAUCCUCUUGGGAGCCACGCUCACCCAGCUGGGGCAGGAGGAGCCGGUGGCAAGGACAGCCCCACUCACCAUGCUUUGGCUCUCGAGCCUGUGGCACAGGGUGGAAGUUCCUGCCAUGGAACAGGCACGGGCUUUUGGUCAUCACCAUUGUGGGAGUUCUGAAGCCUCAGCACAGGGAGUUUUGGUGUUACCAGCUGGGAGCUGCAGUGACCCUGUAAGUGUUAAAUCAGCCAGCAGCAGCUAAUCCUCCUUAACUUCCAACACCGCCCAGGAUGGAACCGUGUGAAAUGACAGAAGGCACACAUCAAACUAAAGGCUCAGGAUGCUCCUGCAAUCCCACUUGCCUUCAGAAGCAUUGGAGGGAGGAUACCAGCUGUUGAGAGCUUGGUUCUGAACUCCUUUGGAGUAAAGGGUGGACACAAAUGCUCAUCUACUGCCCUCGGGUAAAUUUAGGGACACUCAACACUGAUGUUACUGAAGCCUGAGGAUGAGAUUGCAUCUUCCUUAACAGCUCUGGCUCUUGCAUCAUCACCUGUGAGGCAGAGCUGUGUGACCUGCAGAAGGGACAACACGGCCCUCCCAUGGGGCUGCACAUGGUGAACAGAAGCAGCCUCAGGUCCCUGGAAUCCCUGGAGAGCUCUUCCCCUCACUGCUCUUGGGCAACAGCAGGACUGUUUCCAGCAUUGUCCUCAUUUCCAGUGAAGGCAGCUCCUGCCCUGCUUGCCUCUGUGUCCCACCCCUGCCUUGCUCCAUGCCCUUAGUACUGGUGGGAGGUUCAUGGCUAAACAACACAAGGAGCUUGCUCCCUCACGUGGGGCUUCAGAUGUUCCUGCCACAAGCUGAGAGCUGCUCCUCAAGAGAAAACAUGAAGGUCAUGUUGGACAGGCAAAGCUGAUUCAAACUCACUAAGGAUUUCCCAUUGCAAUUCUGGAGACAGACUUCUCUUCCCACAUACACAGGUAAAUUAUGAAGGCUCUUUGCUUCCAAAUCAGAGACAACAAACAAAUCUCAAUUCCAGAUUUUUGACUUUUUUUUUCCAGCUUGAAAUCUAUCAACUAUUUUUAAAUGAAAACAUUUUCAUUGGUAAAAGAAAAAAGAAGAGCAAUUUCCAACUUAAGGGGAGAAGGGAAAGUUCAAUGGAAAAUUUGCAGCCAUUUCUACUAAAGACAUUUCUAUUAGACAGAACAAAGUGCUUGAAAAUAGCAGUAUGUGUCCCCUGGGCUUUGGCCAACCUACUUUCUGAUGUUUCCUGAGAUGAGGAACACAACUCCCACCAAGAAGCUCAGCCCACCACGGCCAGGGCUGGCAGGAGGAUGUACCCAUGCUGUGGUUUGCACUCCUGGUCUCUGGCAGAUGCCAGAUAACUCCCAUAACUCUUGCACUGGCAUCAGGACACGUGGCCCUCCAAGGAGGAUGGCCCAGCCAGCCCCAGCCCCCUGGCACAGCUGGGUUUGACACCUUCCAUAAGGACAACUACAGGACAAUGCACUUUGGAUCAUUUCUUUACCAGCAGGCUGGGUGCUCAGCUGUCCCCGACCAGCCUGCCCCCCUCACCUCAUCAAAUACAGGAGACCCGACUGUAGAGUUGUCACAAACCUAGAGAGCCUUUGGCAGGAACAAAGCUUUGACCGUGGGGCACUGCCAAGACCACUUUCUGAGGGACUGAUCUUAACUGCAUUCCGGGUGCAGGAAUUGCAAAAUGCCCUAUGUGACCAUGCCAGGGGUGCUGGAACAGUGAGCCACAGUGCUGGCUUGGUUCUGCAGUUUCUGUAGAGAGAAAACUGGAGUCAGAUGUGGGAAGCAGCUGCCCAGGGACAGGAUGAUGCACUCCAUCCCUCAGGCUUGUGGCACAGCAUCUCCCCAUAGAAUCAUUUAGGUUGGAAAAACCUCUCAGGUCAUUGAGUCCAGCCAUUCUGCCAGGUUACCUUGAUUUGCUGCAGCUUCCCUCCUUCUGGGCCGUGUGUAGGGAGCAAGGACAGAUUCCACACACCACAAAAUGGUAUUUCCUGGGAUAAAGGGCUCUUUCAGGGGCUAUUUUUAUCUCUCUGUGCAGCAGCAGAGGUGGGCAGCUUUUGCAGCUGCUUUUCUGCAGCCACUGAUGACGUGGGGACGGACCCCCAGCCCAGCCCAGCUUGGCUGCCUGGCACAGCCUGCCAGCAGCUCUUGUCUGCCAGGCAAAUUACCAGGGAAGAUGUUCCUCCUCCUGGAAGACAACGUGACUCUCCUAGCCAUGCGGUGCUGAUCGGGUUAGACAGAGCAUAUUGUAUUUUUCAUGCGCUGGAUCGCUCACUGCAGCUGCUGCUGUGUAAUGUGGGGCUUGUCAAGCGAGAGCCAAAAUCGUCUCUGGUGCAACUCCCACCUGGGGACAACGAGGAGCGAGCCUGUCCCAGAUGCAUCCUACUCAGUGAUAAAGUAUUUCCUAGGGCCAAAUUCAGAACAGACAUGCAUGCUAUGAUGCCAGGGUUCAUGCAGCAGGAUUUUCUGCCUGUGCAGUCUCAGAGCAGGCAGGACAGGAACUGGCUCCAGAGGCACUGGAAGGCCUGGACUGUGAAUUUGGUUGCGAUGGAGACCGUGUCCCUGGAGCACCAGAUCCAGAGCGUGCAGCGGCACAUCGCUUUCCUGAAGAAGGAGCAGAUGGAGCUGCUCCACGACCUGCACCUGGAGAUCCUCCGCUUGCAGAAGCACUGCUCAGAGCUCACCCAUGACCUGGAAAUGAAAGAGCUGGAGGCCCGCCAACAAGAUGUCCUGGACCGCGAGCUGGAGGAGAAGUGCCGGGUGAUGGAGGCCCAGCUGCAGGAGAAGGAGAAGGACAACCUGGAGCUGCGCAAGGAGCUGCAGCACAAGGAGACGCUGGUGGCUGCGCUGCGCUCCAGCCUCCGCAGCAAGGAGCGCCGGUUCCUGGAGGAGCUGAAGCGCCGGAGCCACCGCGUCACCAUCCUCGACACCGAGCUGCAGAAGCAGACGGAGGCGGCCGCCUACCUCUCGCUGCAGCUGCACGCCACGGCCCAGCGGCUGCCGGGCCCCCGGGCGGGCGGGCGGCCGCCCCCCGAGCAGCCCCCGGCCGAGGCCCGGCCCCGCCGCCGCGGCCACAGGGCGCCCGCCCGGCGCCCGCCCGGGGACGGCGCCCGGCCCAGGGACCCCGCGCAGGAGGAGCACGAUGCCAUGCCCGACCCGGCCCUGUUCCUGUACGCGCCGCGGCCGCACGGCCCGCAGCGCCCGCCGCCGGAGCCCCCGGGCCCGCCCCGAGCCUCGGCCGGCGCCGCCGCGGCCUCCCGGGGCCAGCGGCCCCCCCGGCAGGAGCCGGCAGCCAGGGCCAGGUCGGCCAAGGGCGAGCCCAGCAAGAGGCAGGGGGCCGGAGCCCACGGUGCCCACGGUGCCCACGGUGCCCCCCGGGCCCAGGAGUAGGCGGCGAGGGCAUGGCGCGGCCCGAGCGGCCCGAGCCCGGCGGCAUGGGCGGGCGCGGCCGAGGCUCCGGCCCCAUCCCCUCGGUGGAGAGGAAGGGGCGGCCGAGAGCGGAGCCCUGCACGCGCCUCGCACCCACCGGCAGCCAGGGAGGGUCCCCGAAAGCUCUGAGCCAGGGGUGUCACCGGCGGUGCUGCGGCACAGGGGAGCAUCCAGCGCCCGGGCUGUGAGGGGGACACGUCCGAGCGCCUGUGCGGAGCUUGCGAGGAAAAAAGAAAGAAAGAAAGAAGAGGAAGCAUUUUUGAAAUGAGAUUUUCCUGCUGCUGCUGCCCUCAGAGUGGGCGCCGGGUUGCUUUCCGUGGCCGGGGUGCUGGGAGGUGGGCACAGCAGCACAGGCUGCGCAGCGCACGGCUCGGCACCCCGGGAUGAGCCCGGCCGGCCUCCAGCCCCGGCCGUCACCGGCACCGGGCACAUCACCGGGAAGGUUCUCCAGAACGCAGGCAGCUGAACGAGGUGGAUCCUUGCGUGACGGAGGGAUCCCCUUCCACAAGGACAGUGCUGCUGUGCCGGCCAGGCCCUGUCCCACGCUCCCUGGGCAGCGGUUUGGCUGUCUCCAACACGGAUUUCCCCUCAUCACGUUCUCGUGCAGGACUCGGACAAGGCAGCUGGACGAGUGCCGAGAUUGGCAGUCCUGCUGGACUGCUCCUCAGCC